AUGGUGAAUCUGGCAAAGCGCAUGCGAAACUUUCAACCUAAACUCCUAGCUGUUCAAUAUGGCAGAGGCGCAGCUGUUCUUCCUCCUCCUCCGGCUCCCCAGUUGACUCGACUUGUUAUGCGAUACCCUCGACUAAGUUGGGCCGUAAGCAAUCACGGACCCAGAAUCUUUGCCAAAGAGAGCCUCCCACGAUUGAAAUAUCAUAAUCCUACCCUGCCGAUUCGAGUCGAAGAUUCAAAUGCCUCGCAGAUGGAGCUGACAUUUGAGAGCACGGACGAAGCCUCUUUAGAGGUAUUGAAAAAUCAAAAUGAUAAUAAGCAAUAUGGAGAUGAAUGGUCCGAGGUGCAAUCCAAACCUCAAUCCGCUGUUGACGCAAGCGCACCUUCAUCGACCUCACCCUCGUUACCGAUUUUCACAAGAAAUGGUACGCUACCUCUGAACGACAAAGACCCCAAAGAUAUUUGGAGAUGGUUUCAGAAGACAACAAGCUGCAAGGAUGUAACAAGGACGGAGCAGGACGAGAUACUCAGAAGACAGUUACAGGCUUUCUCUGUGAAGGCGGCGCACGAUAGGCAACUUGUCAAAGUCGGUAUGGACGAUCUACGGAAACAAAAGGCAGACUUGAAGAGAGCACGGGAGGCCGCUGAAAGACUAACAUCUGAAGCAUAA